CACAUUACUCUCUCUUAAACUCCCUUUCCAUAUUAAAAACAAACCAUCCAGAAAAAUGAAGUGUCUAAGCUGCUAUUAUACCUUCGCUGCUGUUAUUGCUCUUUUAUUUUCAUUUACACCUUCUUCAGCAGAUACUCAUGAAAAGUUUCUUCAAUGUUUUUACAGUUAUCCCCAUAACACCAACUCAAUCUCCAGUGUUAUUUACACCCAAACAAACUCUUCAUAUUCCUCUGUUCUAGAUGCUACCAUGCAAAAUCUUAGGUUCUCCGACUCAAGAAAACCCCUCGUCAUCGUGACACCACUGGUUGUUUCCCACAUUCAAGCAACAAUAAUAUGUUCCCAACGCCAUGGCCUGCAGAUUCGAACUCGAAGCGGAGGCCAUGAUUACGAAGGUCUCUCAUACGUUGCCCGGGUUCCAUUUGUCAUCCUUGACCUCUUAAACAUUCGAGAAAUCAAAGUUGACGUGAAAAACCGAACAGCGUGGGUUCAAGUUGGGGCAACCCUUGGUGAACUUUAUUACACGAUUAGCCAGGCAAGCAAAACACUAGCGUUCCCAGCUGGUGUAUGCUACAGUGUGGGCACUGGUGGCCACAUCAGUGGAGGUGGCUAUGGAUUCUUGAUGCGUAAGUACGGUCUUGCAGCAGAUAAUGUCAUAGAUGCUCACAUAAUAGACGUGAAUGGUAAUCUUCUUGACAGAAAAGCCAUGGGUGAGGAUCUGUUUUGGGCCAUCAGAGGAGGUGGGGGAGCAAGCUUUGGAGUCAUCGUGUCUUGGAAGAUAAAGCUAGUUCCAGUUCCAUCAACUGUAACAGUGUUCAAUGUUGAGAGGAUUUUGGAAGAAAAUGCAACUGAAAUCAUUCAAAAGUGGCAACUAGUAGCGAAUAAAUUGGACGAGCGCAUAUUUCUUAGGAUGGACUUGGCAAGGGCAAAUUCAAGUCAACAUGGAAAGCUAGCACUACAAGCGAAUUUUGUGUCCAUGUUUCAAGGAGGUGUAGAAGAACUUAUUCCAUUGAUGCAAAAGAACUUCCCAGAGUUGGGUUUGGAGCGAAAAGACUGUACAGAGACGAGUUGGAUUGGCUCAGCUGUCUUCACGAAUGGUGUGUUGAUUGGAUCCUCAGGCCAUGAAGCCCCUGAAGUUUUGUUGAACAGAACUCAACUUCGUUCAGGGAAAUACAAAGGAAAAUCUGAUUAUCUGAGGAAACCCAUUCCUGUUGAUGGAUUACAAGGGUUAUGGCGCUGGCUUAACGACGAUAAAGUUCAAUAUUCUCAGCUUCAAUUUGCUCCUUAUGGAGGCAGAAUGGAUAAGAUUUCCGAAUCUGAAAUUCCAUUCGCACACAGAUCUGGAUACAUAUUUCAUAUUCACUAUGUGGUCGUUUGGCAAGAGGAAGGGGACGAAGCUACACAAAGGCACGUGAAUUGGAUUAGAAGAUUGUAUAAAUAUAUGGAACCUUAUGUUUCAAACUCUCCGAGAGCUGCAUAUGUGAAUUACAGAGACCUUGACAUUGGUGUGAAUAACAAUGGCUACACAAGCUACAACCAAGCCAGCAUUUGGGGUCUCAAGUAUUUCAGUAACAAUUUCAAGAGAUUGGCUACAGUGAAGACCAAGGUUGAUCCUCACAACUUUUUCAGAAACGAGCAAAGUAUUCCUACGCUGUCCAAGGAAUGAAAUUAUUAAUUAGCUGUAAACCCUCUUUUAUCUACACUUCAAAUAAAAUAAAUUAUGUAUA